CAUAAAUUUAUUAUCUUCUUCUUCUUCAACCUUCCAAAAUUCUCUCUCUCUACUCUGCAACAAUGGAUAGUCCGACGAGCAUACGUAGUAAACCACCACCGGAGACUCUUUCUCCAUGCGGUAGUCAACGACGGAGAAGCAGCUGCGACUCUAACCCACCUGAGUUCGAGUUCUGGCGUUUAACCAACUCUUCAUUUCCUCAAGCUGAUUCAGAUCUCCUCUCCGCCGACGAGCUUUUCCACGACGGUGUUCUUCUUCCUCUUCACCUCCUCUCCGUGAAGUCAGAGCUUCAGUCCGACCCGAAUAUCGUAGAAUGCGACCCGGAUCCAUCUCCUUCACCGGUUAGUUUGAUUACAGAGCAAAAGAAUGAUCUUGAACCCGGUUUAGGAUCCGAGUUGACCCGAGAAACAACGGUUUCGAAGCGGUGGAGAGAUAUUUUCAGAAAGAGCGAAACCAAACCACCGGGGAAAAAAGAGAAGGUGAAAGAGAAUAAGAAGGAGAAGAAGAAAACCGGGUCGGGUCCGGGUUCGGGUUCGGGUUCGGGUUCAGGAGCAGAGCUGAACAUCAACAUUUGGCCGUUUUCAAGAAGUAGAUCCGCAGGGAACAACGUGACCCGACCCAGAAUGUCGUUUGGAGCUCCGACGACCCGGAAAGUCAGUAGUGCGCCGUGUUCACGUAGUAACUCCACCGGCGAAUCCAAAUCGAGGAAGUGGCCGAGUAGUCCUGGUCGUAACGGCGUGCAUCUUGGUCGGAGCAGUCCGGUUUGGCAAGUCCGUCGAGGAGGUGGAGCUCCGGUUGGGAAAACGAUACCCGAACCGAUGGGUCGGGUUGUGGGUAAAAGGGAGAUUCCCGAGACGCGUAAGGGUAAAACGGUCAUUGAGAGCAAUAAAGCAAAAGUCUUGAACUUGAACGUGCCUAUGUGCAUCGGUUAUCGGAGCCGGUUAAGCUGCAGAACCGAAGAGAGUGGUGGUGUAAUCAUGUAAAAGUGUUCAUUUUAUCAAAAGACCCUCUUAAUAUAUAGUCUCGAGGGUCCAUUUUUAUUGUUCUUAAUUUCGGUUUUUUAUAAUUGGCUGCUUUUGCUGUUAGUACGAUGUGUGGAUUUAGGUAGAUUAUCGUAUUUGCUUAUAUAUAUAUCAUGUAAUUAAGAACUCGAUGCUUA